AUGUCACUCAGCCAUCUCUGCAGUGACCCCGCACAGCAAAGGAUGCUGGGAAAUAAUGAGCACUUUUAUCCCGGUCAGGAUGACAAAGAUGGGGAGGAUGAGGAGGAGGAAGAGGAGCAGGGAAGAGAAAACACAGACGGGGAAGACGGACGUGACUCGGAGAAUGGAGGGUUAGAGGGUCUGGAGGAGGAGGAAAUGACGAGAGGACGACAAUCCUGGGAAGGGAAAGGUGGCGAGGUGGUGAAACCAGCUGCCAUAGUGAUCGGCAGACAGAGAGCGGACAGGCCGCUGAGGCCGGGCCACCGAGGAUUCGGUUACAUGUCAAAUCAAGCUCCGUUACACCACCAAGCAGCCAAUAAGCAGCAGCAGCAGCAGCAUCCUUUCAAUGCAGCCAAUCAGCAGCCUCAUCACCCGGGCCUGAAUGCGCUGCAGAAGAGACGAGCUCCCAUGGAACGCAGCAUGACCACCAUGGCUCCUCUAGAGGACACGUAUCUGACAAUGAUGGUGUUUCGUAUUGGAAUUCCAGACAUCAAACAAACAAGGUGUCUCCAGUUUGACCAGGACUGCACGGUGUGGAGCGCCAAGCAGCAGAUCGUCCUAACCCUCAGCGAGUCGCUGUGGGACGUCUACAACUACGGCCUCUUCCAGCCAGCUGGAGACGGACGGGACGCCAAGUUCCUGGAGGAGGAGCGGGCCCUGCGAGACUACUCCCAGUCCUUUGAGAAAGGCGUGCCUUACCUGGAGUUUAGGUACAAGACCAGAGUUUAUAAACAGACCAACCUGGAUGAGAAGGCUCUUGGAAAGCUCAGCACAAAGGCCAGUCUGAAGAAGUUCCUGGAUUAUAUUCAGACUGGAGCAACGGAGAAAAUAGCAAAAGUCCUUGAUAAAGGUCUUGAUCCAAAUUUUCAUGAUCCUGACACCGGUGAGACCCCUCUGUCUGUGGCGGUGCAGUCUGGUUUGCCAGUGGAGGGCAUCAAGGUGCUGGUUCAGGGCGGCGCUCAUUUGGACUUUAGGAGCAGAGACAGCUUGACACCAGUGCACAAAGCUGUGAGGGUUCAUAAUCACGCUGGGUUGCUGGCUCUCUUGUCCCUCGGAGCGUCUCCUGACUACAAAGACCGCUGUGCCCUAACCCCGCUGUACCACACUGUGCUGACAGGGGGCGACACGUCCUGCUGUGAGACCCUGCUCUACUACGGAGCGAGACUGGGGACAAGGGAUGAGAAUGGUUGGGAUGAGUCCCAUCAGCACAGGGAUGAAGAGGAGUUUGGAAUGGAAGAAAUGCAUAAGGCUUGCCAGAAUGGCUUUGCCCAGCACUUGGAGCAUCUGCUGUUUUAUGGGGCAGACACCACUUCUCAAAAUGCCUCAGGGAACACUGCACUUCACAUUUCUGCCCUGUACAACAAGGAGAGCUGUGUCCGCGUUCUUCUGUACCGGGGAGCAAACACUGAGGAAAAGAACAAACAUGGUCAGACCCCCUUUCAGCUAGCUGUAGUUUCUGGUCACUUUGAACUCGGGGAAAUCAUCAAAAACCACAAAGAUUCUGACGUAGUGCCCUUUUUGGAAUCGCCAAAGUUUGUUCCCAAAAGAAAAGAGAGCGCCCACACACUGCCUCUCCCCUCGCUCCAUUCCCACCACCUACUGCGUGCUAACAGUGAUAGCACCAUGACCCAGUCUGACCCUCUGGCCCUCCCCAUCAAGGCUGCAACCAAUCCCAACCCAGGACAGGCCCAGCGCAGGGCCUCCAUCGGCAUGAGAAGCUCCAGCAGCCCCAGAACUCGGACCCGCUCCCCAUCCAGAGGGAGAGGAGGCCAAAGUGACACGGAGGAGAGGCACCGGCAGCCGCGAGGUAGACAGGGAGCGACCUCUGCGGGCAGCGGGGGAGGUCACAUAAAGCGUAUGUACAGUGCGGUGCCGGGCCGGGUGUAUGUGGCCACACGCGCCCACUCUGCUGGUGGAGACAGGGAGCUCUCAAUCAGCAAAGGGGAUAAAGUUAAAGUAUUGAGUGUAGGAGAGGGGGGAUACUGGGAGGGAACAGUGAAAGGUCGAACUGGCUGGUUCCCCUCAGACUGUGUGGAAGAAGUGGCGGCUCUCACCAGAGACAAUCGAUCAGAGACACGUAGCGAGAAAGCAAAGAGGAAGCUUUUCCGAAACGUCACUGUUGGAGCCUACGACGGCACCGACGGCCCCAGUGACUACAUCAUUAAGGAAAAGACAGUGCUCCUACAGAAGAAAGACAAUGAGGGCUUUGGCUUUGUGCUCAGAGGAGCCAAAGCUCAGACUCCCAUAGAGGAGUUCACUCCAACGCCGGCGUUUCCCGCGCUGCAGUACCUGGAGUCAGUCGAUGAAGGGGGUGUGGCGUGGAGGGCGGGCCUGAGGAUGGGGGAUUUCCUCAUCGAGGUCAACGGCCAAAAUGUGGUGAAGGUUGGCCACCGGCAGGUGGUCAACAUGAUCCGCCAGGGAGGCAACAGCCUCAUGGUGAAAGUUGUGAUGGUUGCUCGGAACCCUGAGCUGGAGGAUACCACCCGGAAGAAGGCCCCACAGCAGACGAAGAGACUGACUCCUCCUGCCAUCGCCCUGCGCUCCAAGUCAAUGACAUCAGAGCUGGAAGACAUGGCGGCCUCUCCAUGGAAAAAGAAAGCAGAUUACGAGUCCUCUCAGGUUCCUGAUAAGAAGAGGACAGUCUAUCAGAUGGCACUAAAUAAACUGGAUGAAAUCUUGGCUGCUGCCCAACACACUAUUACACCAGACAACCAGGGCCAGAGGGGUCACGGAGGCAAGAGGGACCGGAGCAAGAGCAUUGUUCCCAAUCAACCCUAUGAGCAGCAGUCAGCCAUGAGCAUGGUGCAGCAAGGACCAGGUUUCGGCUACAACCAAGCUCAUUUUCAACCAGGCCACGGUCCUCAGCAUGCAGUCAUGAUGCGUCAAAAAUCUAUUGGUAUAACCGAGGAGGAGAGGCAGUACUUACACCCCCCUGCUAUGAAGCUGGCUCGCAGCCUGUCAGUGCCGGGACCGGAGGAAAUCCCCCCACCCCCUAACACAUCUGCUCCAGAACCACCUUUAUCUGCAGGCCCUCAUCCUGGGAGAGGGCCUGCUAUGCCCAUACCCCCUGUAUCUCAAGCCCACUACCAGGCCCACUCCCAGCCAGGGCAUUCUACUCAAGCUGGCUGGGAGAGGGGAGGCACUGGUGGGAUGAACCAGCAGGUCCCUACUCUCAGGAGACAAUCGGAGGGGCCGGAGGCAUCCAAGAGAGGUGGUGGCAAGAUGGGAGGGUUGCGGAGAGGCUAUAGCAGCGCUACGCCACCAACAAGCGCUAAACCUAAGGCCCCACAGGCACCGCAGCAUCAAGCGCACACGGCCAACCGGGAGCAGGGAGGAGGAGCUGGCAGGGGCGGAGCCAGGAGGGGUGGUCGAGGGGCUCUGAUGAAGCAGUCAAAAGUGGAAGACGGGCUGCGACAACAAAGGGGUAAAGGAGGUGCCGCAAAAGAGAAGAGCUCGAUCCCCAUUCCUACCAUUAUCGUCAAAGCGCCCUCAACAAGCAGCAGUGGCCGUAGCAGCCAGGGAAGCAGCGUGGAAGCUGAUCCCUCCCAGGAUGCAGUAGACCACACCUCAGCUGAUUCAACCACAGACAUCCCCAACACCAGUCUACCAUCGCCACUCACCUCCUCACCACCUCAGCCCCCGACAUCCUCUCCCUUGCCUUCGUCAACUGUCUCCCCCUCUGUUUCCUCACAUCAGAACCUGGAAAACACGGAUUACACUUCAAUUUUCGGUACAGCCUUUGGGGGAGGAGGGGGAGCUCGCAGGGAAAGAGAACGUUUUCGAGAUAUGAGAAGAAAGAGCGCUUCUUUCUUCCUGUCAUCUGAGGAGGAUAUUCAAGGAGAGGCAGGAGGAGGAGCAGGAGAUGGAGGAGGAGCCCUAGGGGUAAGAAUUCAGCCUUUGCAGGGCUCACAAGUGGAUGUACCCAUGCCUCGACUCCGGCCCUCCAAGUCUAUAGACGAGGGCAUGUUUUCUGGAGACAACUACGUCAACUAUUCCAGCAGCAUGCCCCCAGCCUUUGGCCUGCCUGAGUAUUCCUCCCCUGUCCUUGGUCAGGAUGGACAGCCCAAGUCUGCUCCCUCAGUGUACGGCACCCAGCCAGCUACUACUUUCAUCCAUCCGCUUACAGGAAAAGUUCUCGAUCCUUCAUCACCGCUUGGCCUGGCCCUAGCUGCAAGAGAAAGAGCCUUAAAAGAUGACCGCCGGACACGCCGAGAGGACAGACACUUUGGUCGGCAGAUGUCCACUGUGGGAGCAUUCCCAACCCCUGCUCAGACCCCAGCUUCUUCCCUAUUUGCGACCCCCACGCAAUCGACCUACACUUCACCCGUGUCGCUCCAACUAAGCUCCACCACCACCUCGCCUGCAUCUCUGAGCCGGCCACAGUCACCAAGGAUAUUACGUUUGGGAGGAGGAGGUGGGGAUAGGACUGAGAGGGAAAAGGAAGGAGGGCCCAGAGAGGGUCUUCGAGUUCGCUUUUCAGAGGACAGAACCAAUCAAUACUCAACCCAGUAUUACCCACAGAGUCCCAGGGAGAGAGAGAGAGAAAAGGAGCUGUACGACAGCAGACCUGCUUCAUCCAUGCAGCCUCCUCCACCUCCGGCUCAACCUGCCCCCCGCAGACCGUCCUUUCUGCAGAUGGACAGCACUUCAAACACCAGCUACAUCCCUCAGUACACUGUCCCCACAGCCCAAGCACACACAGAUCAAGCUAUUGGAGAUGUAAGAGUAGGGUCGGGUGGAGGUCUAGGACUGAUGGUCCUCCCUCCACCAGCUCCGUCAAUAGACGCAGAUGAUGAGUUUGUUUUUGCUGAUCCCUUGCCCCCUCCAAUACAGUUUGCUAAUGGUAAAAGAGAGAGAGGCCAGGAGUUCACUCAGCGCCAUCAACACCCGAGUCAACACUCUGCUGCUGCUCCUCCACCUGCCCCACCACCUCUUCCAUCUCCCAAGCCGUCACAUGUUCCCCAGUCCUCUUCCCAGGGUGGUGACUCUGCUGCCUCCAGCCUUACCUCCUAUGACAGCGAGGUAGCCAACCUCACACAGUCAGCUCUCUCUCCAGCUUAUCCAUCCCCUCAGAUAUUUCCCCCUUCCUCCGCUACUGCCACCACCUCUAAUGCUGCUCUGCCUCCAUCACUACACAGACCUCAGCCUAUGUCCCAUUCUCAUGCCUAUUACAGCGGCGUGAACGACCCCUCAGCAGGUGGCCACACUCUUUCCCAGGACAGAGGUACGGCUCCCCUCACCCCCACCAUGACAUAUGCUACCACGACCAUGACAGCCACUGUUGCCGCCACCACUACAACCUCACAUGCAUCCUCCGACUACAGCAUCAGCCUGGCUGGGCCCAAGGCUGGCCUCACCGCCGGGGGCAAAGCUGCAGACCACACUCACCACACCAAUAUUAUAUCCAGGAGCGGAGACUGGCAAGACGGUGUGGUGGAUUCUGGGAUUGAGGAGCUGGACAGUCACAGCAGCAGCGACCACCAUUUAGAAAUGCUGGGACUAAGUGGUUUGAGAGGAGAGAGGGGAGGGGUUGGAGGAGACGGGCGAGGAGGAGAGAUGGAGAAAAGCAGCGAACAUCAGGAUCCUUGUACAACCUACUCAGGUGGGCAAACAUUUGAGGUGCACAGUGCCAAACUGGCAAACCCUGUGUUUCCAAAGAUGACUCAUUACAAGGAGGGAGGAGGGAGGGGCCAGUCUGUAGCACUACGCAGGCAGAACAGCACCAACCCUGCUCCAUUGCAGCUGCACAGACAAAGCAACCUAGAGGACGCCAGGUUAGAUGAAGCUCUCCUAGAUGAGAGGAAGCUUAAGCAGAGUCGAUCCAAAAUGGAAGAUGGCUUUAGCACAGCUCUGGCCGCCUGCUUAGAAAGACCUAUUGACACCCGGUCGGUUGGCUGGGGGGAGGUCGAGGAGCAUGAGCAAGGAGUCCAGAGAGGUGGCAUGGUCUUGGAGGGCCGCAGGCUGCACUCACCUCUUUCUGGUGUGAAGGCCAGCAUCAUCACUGAACUAAGCUCCAAGCUGCAACAGUUGAGUACCAUGAAGAGCAUGGAUGACUGGAGCCACACUCCCAAAUCACCCACCAUGAAUAGGUAUUCAGCAGAUUUUACUGAUGCGUAUCACAGCCCCCCCACCGGCCGCUCCACCUCACCAUUACCCACCUACUCCCCACAGCACCGUCAGAUCCUGACACCCAACCUUUCGGCCACCCCUUCUAUGUCCCCUACUCCUCAAGUACCAGUUCAGCGCAGCUGGACCCGAUCCCCUUCCCCACAGAUGCCUACAUCUCCGGUUCUUUCCCACCCUCCCCAUUCCCCGACCUACUGCCCAUACCCAACAUCGCCGAAGCAUCGCUCCAAGUUCCGUAGACAGACUUUUGAUUUCCAGUGCAGUCCCACGAAGGAGAUGCGGUCCUCAGUCUCUCGGCGCCGUGCUCCAAGCCCUCUCAUCUAUAACACAGAGCAACCAAACCCCACUCCGCCUAGGCCCUCCUCGCUCCCCAUACUUCCCACUACACCUGUCUACAACAACCCGUUUGACUUUCCCGGGCCCCUUACUCCCCCUUCACCUGGCCUCCCUCUAGGAGACCCCUACCAGGCCUCAACACCUCCAUUGUACUCCCCAGCCGGUGUUCCAAGUCAAAAUCCCCUACUUGUCUCCCGCUCUCUCUCCCCCACCCACUUUCUCUCUGGAGCCUCCUCCCCAAUGCAUUUGCCCCUCAGCCCGUCUUGUCUCAACUAUCCUCAUCUCACCCCUCCUCCACCAGCCAAACCCUUUGCCGUCAAACCCCUGCCCUUCUGGACCAAGUAUGACGUUGCAGACUGGCUGGCUUAUCUAAACCUGAGUGAACACAGGGAGCGUUUUAUAGACAAUGAGAUUGAUGGAUCGCAUCUGCCUUCGCUCACCAAGGACGACUUCUUGGACCUGGGAGUGACACGCGUGGGACACCGAAUGAACAUCGAGAGGGCACUGAAGAAACUCACUGACAGACUUUUCUCACCAGUUGACAAUCCCAUGUGUUUCCCUGUUCCACACAUAGCCCUUCAAAAAGAAAACACUCUGACCCACUUUUAAAACUAGUUAUUUUUUCCAAAGUCAAAUCUGUAUAUGUGUCAUAGAGGUGAACAUGAACACCCUGCAUUUUUUUUUUUUUUAACAUGCCAGUUUAGCCGUUCCUUGCAGAGAAUUCAACACAUCAUUUAUAGAUCUAUAUGUAAUGAUGAU